GAGCGCGAUUCACGUGUCGCGUGUUGAGCUCGAACAGAACAAGAAGAGAUCGCUGCUGGGUCCCGCAUCGCCGAUUCUCAAGAGCAACCAACAACCACGAUCGCAAAUGGCCGAGGCCGGGCCAUAUAUCUACCCGAGCGUCACGCAGCAGGAACCAGGGAUCCCCCAGAGGGGAGGAGAUGGCAACGUGGCCGCAUGGAACAACCUGGCCGCCUGCUGCAACGGAUGCAUCUUCUUUUGCUGUUGCUGUUGCUGUUGCGUGAUGUUCGUUCUUCCUGUGUUCGCCAUUCUAGCGUUCCUGCCAGCACGUAGUCGCUUGAUGGAAUGGCUGGCACCGGAGCAGUACGAGUUCGCCGAGUGGGCGACAGUGUCCGACGUCCGCGAGUGCUCGUCUGUCGUCAGGGAUGUCUUCUCGAGGAAUGGAAACCUCGGCGACGCUGCUGUCUCCGCGCUUCUCUGCAUGGGUGUCGCGGCUCCGCACCUGAUGGGACUCGGCGGGGGAUUCCUGGCGCUCUACUACGACGAGAGAAGAGAUAAAGUCGAAGCUUUGAAUGCCCUUGGAAUAUCGCCAGCUGACGUGACCAACGUGGAUGAGAACGCAGUCAAGCGAGGAGCGAAGGCAUCGAUUGUCCCGGGAGCCCUACGAGGAUACAAGGAACUUCACGAAAGACUCAGAGGAAGAAUGAAAUGGGAAGAUCUCUUCGGCCCCGCUAUUAAGUUGGCCAAGGAAGGCUUUCCCAUCAAGAAGCACUUUGCAAAAGUUCUCGCCAAGCACGCAACUGAAUUAUCCAUUACGGACAUCAAGAAAAUCUUCGAUGGCGUCAGCAAGGAAGGCGACAAGCUUGUGCAGCUGGAUCUCGCAAAACUUCUGGAGGAUAUUUCGAAGAAAGGCGCAGAUCAUUUCUACACCGAAGUCUGCGAAGAAAUUGUCAACGGCCUGGGAGCAGAUGCCGUGUUGACCAAGGACGACUUCAAAAACUACAAACCUACCUGGUCUCAGCCAGUGACGGAAGAAUAUUCAGGCUACACAUUUUAUACUCUACCUUUUCCAUCCAGCGGUGUGUUACUCUUCCCAGUGAUUCCGUGGGCAUCGCUCCUACUCUCGCACAAGUUGAAGCAGAACGAAGAUGAAGGUUCGGAAGCCUCAGCACAAGGCAUAGAUUUGCCCCUUACCCCCAGCUUGGAGCAGAUCCUGAGCAGCGUGCUUGCAAAGUUACCAGACCUCGAUGGAGAUGCACCCGACAAAGGCUUUCCGGAACUUGUGAGAGAAAUAGAGGACAGCAUUGCUCAUAGACAACCAGCCAGGAACUCACAGCACAAGAUCGUUCCAGACUACGGUGGUGUCCACUUAUCUAUAAUCAAGGGUUACGAAGCCGUGACUAUCAUCUCCGGCAUCAACGAACCGUUUGGAAGCAAGAAGGCUUCAGUACCAGGCCUCAUCAUGAACAACUACAUGAGCGUGUUCGCAACGACACCCGAUGUGCCAAAUGGUAUUAAAGGCGGCAAGCAGCCCAGGACAUCCAUGGUCGCCGUGUUCGCGAAAAAGAGCGGACAGCGAGUCCUCCGCUUCCAGGCGGGGGCCGGAGGAGGACUUCCUGGAAUGUGGGCUUUGGUUGAGGUCUUAAGGUGCAUCUAUAAUAGCAAUGUUUCUACCUGCGUCCGGUCGCCGACUAGAACCCUUCCCACACCACCCGUGACCGCAGAUAACGAUCCCGACAUUGAGGCCACGGCCAGUGGAAUAUUCGCCAAGAAGCCCCUCGUGUCAUGGCUCGCCCCGAACGACAACGUGCACUGCGAUGGCACCAGUGACGGCGAGAAAACAACGGCGCUCAAGAAGUACAACGCAGUCGAAUCGACAGACUACUGCAAGAGGACAAAAGAAUGCCAACUGAUUUGGGAGUUGUUAGAUGAAAUGCGUUCCAAGAAAUCAAAGAAAAAAUAGACACAAUGAGAGAGCAACAUUGGAAGAUGUACUGAUUGUGCUUUUCUUUCUUCUUUCUUAGUUUUUAGCGUGAAGGUGAUAGUGCGACUGAAGUGCUCAAUAUCAUACUAUGCGAUUUUCUAGGUUUUCCAGUACCAGUACAACGAUGCUUGCGUAUGGAAGAAAUGUGGCAAAUGCAAGAGUGAAUGACAGGCAAAAUUUGAAAUGUAAGGGUUCUCAAGGAAUAAUUGCUUGCUGAUAAAAGUUCGUUUUUGGCCUGUUUCUAUACGUAAGUGCAGAGCUUCCAUCAUCUACCGCUUUAGUCUAACCUGGAGCAAAUGAUUCACCGGCCAGGCAGGCAAAUGUAUAAAUGGUAGGCCACGAGCACUUGGUAGGCCAUGAGCAGUUGUGUGUAGCGCAGACAGGUAGACAGUAAAGGUCAGUAUAUUUUUCCUACUUACACGAUUCCAGUGGUUAGCAACUCAGGAGUUCUAUAAAGAGAAAGAUCCGCUACUCCAAGAACUUCUCGACAUGUCAAGAAAAUAGCAGUAGAAAUAUCGAUGAAAUCGAACAAUUAGUGACCUACAGAGCUCUUCAGGUGGGGUGCUGCUAGGCUACCCAUGCCGGCGGCAUGCCGUUCGAGAGACUCUGCAGCCGCUGCCUUCUGUUAAGAACGGUCAGCUGAGAUGCAAGUUUUGCCAGCCAGUUGUGGCAGCAGCGUGAACUGUUCUUGGAAAGCAACCGUCACCCUCUAACUAAAAGGCGCCACUAAGUCGUCUGUGUGCAAAACAAUACGUGUGCCCUCGUCUCUCCGUCGUGGGAUUGCCGAGAUGAGUUCGACGAAGCAGGCUUUGUGCGUGAACCCGCCACCACCCAUCGGAUCUGCUAUGGGCCAGGGAGGUCCCAAGGGAAUGCCUUCGAAGGCCCCUUCCCACGCACCGUUCGUCAAGUACGUCCCGAGUUCUACGAAGUCCGUCUGACCUUGGCUCCAGACCGUCAACCUCGCGCAAGAACGUGUGUGUGUGAGUGUGUGUGUGUAAGCCGUCCCGCAGAGAGGCGACUUGUUUACGAUGACUGCACGGCCGUUUCCCUCACCUUGGGAUCGAGGGAGGACCGAAUGUUUAUAAACAGCUGUUGUGCGGCUCCACAGGGCAC